UUUGACGUUCCGCUAAUGGGGAAAACCAGCUCACGAUCCGAUGGGAAGACCAAUGCAGACCGCAAGUUCGAAAAGAAGAUGCAAUUUUAUGAUUUGGUGAGAGGUGCAGUUGCCAAAAAAACUAUUUCUAAGGAAAAUCAGCAAAAGAAACGAAGACGCCAAAAGAGAUUAAAGGCGUACGAUCUGUCUUCCCUCGCAGAAUACCUCCCCGAAUUAAAGUCUCCCACCGAGACAGGGCCCGUCGAGUUCAAACUCAACAGUAAGAGCAGAAAUAAGCUAGUGAUGAAAGAAAGUAAUCAGUUGAAAACGGUUAUGAACCAUCCGGUUUUUCAAUCGGAUCCUUUAGCUGCUAUUUAUCAACACUUGCAGAAUACACAGCCACCUGUAGAAGAGAAGCCGAAGAAAAGGGAUAAUAAAACUAAAAAACGUAAAACGAAAAAGAAAAAGUCCAAAGACGGCGUACAGUCGAUGGAGAUUUAAAUUCUCGGGUUUGGUUUUUUACCAAUUUCAGCUACAAUAGUACCUGUGUUGAUAUAGGUAUAUAUAUUGAGGGUAACGGUCUUUAUUUGUAAAACCACCCUUACACAGAGUUGCUGUGGGUAGUUUUGGUGAAUCCUUUGGCAAAUUACGAAUGGGUUUUGAUGCUGAAUAUGUAAAACCGAUUAUCGAAUGCAGUACUAGUGUUGAAGGUUUCUCUGGCUAGUACUCCUCUGUGCUAAAAUAUUUGUCAUACUUCUGAGAAUCGUUUUUUUUUUCUUUUUUAAUUCAAAUUAUUGUCACUUCGUGUAU